UGCUCCAUUCGUGACCCCACUUGCAAAGUUGGAGCGCGCACGGGCUUAGCUGGCAAGUCCGUCACGUUUCGGCCGCGGGACUUAGUUCUACGCGAAGUUGUUGUGGACUUAGUUGGGUGCUUUCAACAUUAUUUCUAGGCUUUUGUGCUGUUAAUUAGGGUCUAUAGGUAUGAAAUCUCCAAUUGGGUCUACAAUAAUUGCUAACAAGGAACUCAGGCGGAACUGAGGAAACGAUGACUGAAGCUAAUGAUGACGACGAGCUUACUAUCAAAGUGAAAGAGCUGGAAGCCAAAUGUCACCUAAUUCAGAAUCGAAUAGAGGGGGUUGGUCUGACUUGUCCUCCAGUUUGGGACGGUUUACUAUGUUGGCCUGCUACCCCAGCUGGAAUAGUAAAGUCCCUACAAUGUCCUGACUACUUUCAUGGAUUCAAUCCUACUAGGCAAGCAACCAAAAGAUGUCUAGAGGACGGUACAUGGUACUGGAGCCAUGAGUCCAAUUCCACAUGGACAAAUUACACGCAAUGUUUCUCCAGAGAGACUGUCGCCAACACAGAUUUCUCGUCGCAUCACCAAAUACUCUUUAGAUAUGUUCCUAUAGUUAAAUUUGUAUCUCAAGUAGGAUACAGUGUAUCACUCUUCACACUUAUCAUUGCAUUUUGUAUAUUCGCUACGUUCAAAGGUCUCAGAUGUCCUAGGAAUAAACUUCAUAUGCACCUGUUCCUAUCGUUCAUGUUGAGAGCAUUUUCAACACUAUUCAAAGAUUUAGAGACUAACAGGCUGGAGCGAUUUUCAGCAACCAGCGGAGAACUUAUUAGUUUGAGAGAAGACUGGGCCAGUUGCAGAGCCGUAGUCACCUUAUGGCAAUACUGCCUACUGGCAAACUAUUCAUGGAUAUUGAUGGAGGGACUCUAUUUGCAUAAUUUGAUAUUUCUAGCUCUAUUCUCGGAUACAUCAUCAAUAUCACUGUAUGUUGCUCUGGGAUGGGGUCUACCUCUUCUAUUUGUUGCAAUAUGGGCCCUGGCCAGAAUCGUUUGGGAGAACAGUAUGUGCUGGACCACCAAUGAAAAUGCAUUAAUUGUAAUGCUGGUCAAAGGCCCUACCACCAUUUCUGUUCUACUAAAUUUUGUUCUAUUCAUAAAAAUAGUGAGGGUUCUAUUGACGAAGCUACAAGCGUCAGUAAAUGAACAGAACCGGAGGUUCAAGAGAUGGGCUAAGUCUACACUGGUUCUUAUGCCACUAUUUGGAGUCCACUAUGCCAUAUUUAUAAGUAUGUCAUACGUUGACUGCGGACCUGAAAUCGAGAUAAUUUGGCUCUUCGGUGAUCAGCUAUUCGCUUCAUUUCAGGGUUCAUUCGUGGCACUACUGUACUGCUUCAUGAACGGCGAAGUUAGGGCGGAGCUGAACAAAAAGUGCCUGCGCAGAUGGCCCAGCAACAGUGCUGCCAACAAACGACGUCGCCAGUCUGAGACCACUGGCCAAUACUCCAACACGUGCGCUGUCAGGCCACACCACUACGGCAAGGGCCGGGACAACCGUAAAAGUCUUGGCAGGCUAGAGACAAGCGUCACAAGUAUAACCACAAGUUGCCCGUUUGAUCCAUCAUCAAGGAAAAGUCUUCCCAGCAAUGGACUUCACAGGAAUCAUUCUGAAAGCACUUGGCUAACAGAGCAGAGCAGUUUUGUGAAUUCAAAGGUGACAGCAGGCAACGGCAUUGAGCUCAUGGCUCUGCACGAAAAAUACGAGGAACUCUGAAUCAACCCGACUGAAAUCAAAAUUCAAAGGUUUUUGUUAAUUGUGUAAAUGUAGAUAUUAGGCUAAUAUCAUAGAUAAAAGAUAGCAUAGAAGAUAUACCAUGGUAUAGGUCGUUUAUGUUCCAAAUUUGAAGCCGAUGUUUUGUUAACUAAAUUCAAUUACUGUCUAUUAUUACAGUUUCGACCAAGUAAAGGUAGGCGCACA